CUCUGCCAGUAACAUCCGAAUGCUCAUGAAGAAUCCCAUGAGGUUGCGCGUAUCGUUGGGGAUGAUGUCUGGGUAAUCGCCGCAUAGAUCUUCGGCGGCUGCAUGCAUCGCCGGUUCUACCGUCUCGCGCGUAAUGUUCAUGAGAAGCUCUGCGAACCAUUCGAAUACCAUUUGAAUUUGUUGGGCAUUGGGUUUCAUCAGGUCGGCCGCGGUGAAAGGGAUUCCGAUAUCGUUGAUACAUCCUGCAAUCUCUUUGUCGGGCUAUGAAUUCAUCAGCCCUGACUCCGGUAAUCGAUUUUCACACUCAGCCUCGAGAUCAAAUGCCAUACUUACCAGGCGCAUCAAUGCGUCAUUAUCGUCUUCCUUCUUGCGGCCUCGAUUGUGGUGCUGUUGGGAGCCAGCCAUGCUCAUCCGGUUAUUGUACGCCAUAGUAACGAAAGGCCACAGCGGUCAGUAUACCCUGGGUAACGAAAAGCCUGUCCAGAAGCGACGUCGUCAGGUGUCGAGGUUGAGCGAUGUUAUGAUUUGCGACCGAUUGUUUACUUUGGAGACGAGCCCGCACACCCGACCGCUUUUGGUUAGUGCAACGCUGAGGGGCACAAAGCAAACAAGACAAACACUACCCAUCAAUCAAAGAAAUCGUGACUCUUUCGAGACUCGACUCAAUCCAUAGCUCCGCGCAACAUCAUGGCGACGACUACAGAGGGGACGGCUACGGCUGGCUCGAAGCCAUUUGACAUCGUUGCGACAUAUAAUGAGCUCCUACGCUCCGACCCCGACAUCACCAUGCCCAUCGCUGCUAUCGAAGCACUCGUGCAUGUCCUCACACACUCCCCUUCCUCGACGAUCUCCGAAACUCUAGACUUGCUAGAAAAAUCCACCGCCCACCUGAAACGCUCCAUUCCCAACCCCAUUGGUCUUUCAGCGGGUACCGAUCUCUUCCAGCGCUACUUGAUUACCACACUACAACGGCCGGGCCAACUGGGUCCAGCCGGGGACUUCAAGGCUAUUCGUACACACCUUUUGUCGAAUGGGCGAUUAUUCAUCCGGCGUGCGAAGGAGAGCCGACAAAAGAUUGCCGCUUUCGGCCGCGGCUUCAUUCGCGAUGGCUGCACGGUACUCACUAACGGUGGUUCCAGAGCGGUUGCAUCGCUACUUCAGAAGGCCGCAGAUGAGGAGGGUGGUCCCUCUGCGGUUCGUUUCCGGGUCAUUUAUGUCUUGUCUUCAAUUAGCCAGAACAUCGAGGAGCCGUCUGGAGAGCCCGAGGGUAUGGAGACGGUACGCGCCUUGCGAGCUAAAGGUGUACCGGUUUCCACUAUUCCCGAGUCGGCGGUAGCAUAUGCCCUUGGAAAGGCUGAUAUGGUCAUCGUUGGUGCAGAAGGUGUUGUGGAGAAUGGAGGAAUCGUCUCCCGUAUGGGCACUUAUCAGAUUGGCCUUCUUGCCAAGGCGAUUGGAAAGCCGUUCUACGUAGUGGCCGAGAGCCACAAGUUUGUUCGUCUCUUUCCGUUGGGACAGUACGACCUACCUAUUGAACAGCACGUUGUUGACUUCAAGUCCGCGGAUGACAUUGCCGAGGAUAAGAAGAAGCAGCAGAACCCUUCGGGUGACGCCAAUGGAGAUAGGCCUAUUGAGCUACCACUCUCCGAUUCGGUGGACUUCACGCCACCGCACUUGAUCUCUGCUCUGAUCACUGAUAGUGGUGUCUUGACUCCUAGCGCUGUCAGUGAGGAGUUGAUCAAGAUCUGGUUCUAAAGGAAACAAAAAAGUUCUUUAUUAGGAGCGCCGUUUCUAAAGGAGUUGCAUUCACCCUUGCCUGUCUGCAGGGUAUACUGUUCAAUUUUUUGUGCGUUUUUAGAUUUAGGCUCACAGUCUUCACGAAGUUGAUGAAAUGAUGGAAAUCACCCUCAAGCUCAGGCUUAGGCUUCUUGAAUGGAUCCCAUCGCAGCCCUCGUACUGCGCCCGCCUCAUACAACAGAAGGCUGUGGUUAUAUUGUAGAGAGCUAACCCUGGAUUAUGAUUGAGAAGCAUACGACCCUCUUUCGCACCAUACUGGAUCGUCCGAUUCGUGAUCAUCCUGUUGUCUCGACCCUUUCAUGGAGUUCCAUCCUUCGCUCAUUUAUGGGAUUGGGCGACGAUUGAUUAAAGUGUUAAUCGGUUAAGCCGAUUUCGAGAAUGGCUGUAUCCACUGGAAAUGGCAGUAGCAAACGCCAUACUGAAUUCUUGAGUCCAUCCUUACCUUCCCAGCAAACAACCGACCACAAAACCUAC